AUGGCGUCGGGAGGAGCGGCGGGGGAGUAUCUGCUCGGUAUGAUCUGUAAGGAUACGGGGCGACGCGCGGCGGCGAUUACGCGGUUUACGCGCGCGUUGAUGGCGGAUCCGUUGAUGUGGUGCGCGUACGAGGGAUUGUGUGCGCUCGGUGCCGACGCCGAGGCGAAGGCGUGCGCGUCGGAGAGUCGGGAAGAGAGUAUUCUGGCGAUGUACCCAUCGUUGGAGUCGAACGACGUCGCGUUCGAGGCGCAAAAGUCGAGCGGCGAGACGUUCGCGCCGAGAACGGGUGGAUUGCCGCCGCUGUCGCCGACGAGGUCGCGUGGUCGCGAACACGGCGAGGCUCUCGCGCGCACGCCGGCACACGUACACAUGCACGACGUGGGCGUUCCACCGAGCACGGGCGCGAGCGAGCGAACGCGCGCGGGAGAGGGAUGGGACGACGCGGAACUUCAAACGCCCGCCGUCGGCGGCGGAGGCCCUCGCGUCGAUGCUGCGGAUUCCAUGGGAGGCGCCUUCGUGACGCCUUCACCGAGCUCUGCCGCCGCCGCUCCUCCGCCGCCUCAAAAGGCGAUCGGAGGACGCGCGCCACCGACCACGGGCGCUCCGCGCACGGGACGACAGAGCACGUCGCAACAGCCGAGCGCUCAAGACACAGGCGCGCCGGCGUCCACAGCGGCUCGCGGGCUAUUCGGAGGGGAGCGGCGAAAAUUCAUGGAUGAAGGAAAACUUAGAAAGGUUUCUGGUAGAUUGUUUAGCGACGAUCCAGCGUCUACGGCCGUUCGUAGGAGCUCGCGCAUACACGCCGCGAGACUGCAACACGUCGGGGCAUCGCCCGACGACGACCAUCGCGAUCACGACGACAUGAUGGCAAACCUGAGUCAAGUCCCGGAAGACG